AUGGUCAAGAAAUCCUUCUUGUUUGGUGCUAUUGCUACUACUCUUACUGCAUUGACUCAAACUGUCUUUGCUGAUGUUGAUAGCAAUGUCAUUUCCUUGACCGAAAAGAACUUUGAUUCAAAGGUUCUUGGUGAAGAUUUGAUGUUGGUCGAAUUCUAUGCUCCUUGGUGUGGUCAUUGUAAAGCACUUGCUCCUGAAUACGAAAUUGCUGCCACACAGUUGAAAGAAACAUUACCUCUCGCCAAGGUAGAUUGUACUGAAAAUCAAGACGUUUGUUCCAAGUAUGGUGUCCGUGGUUAUCCUACUCUUAAGGUCUUCAGAAAGGGCGAAACUUCUGAUUAUAAGGGCUCACGCAAGGCCGAUGGUAUCGUCUCUUAUAUGAAAAAGCAAGCUCUUCCUGCUAUUUCACAAUUGGAUGCCUCGAACUUGACUGAUUUCACAACUUCAGAUCGUAUUGUAGUCAUUGGCUACACUAGCGACGAAGCUUCUAAGCAAGCCAUCACUGAAGUUGCUGAAAAGCUACGUGAUGAUUACGUCUUUGGUCUUGUUACUGAUGAAGCUUUGGCAAAAGAAAACAAGGCCGAAUUCCCAUCGAUUGUUCUCUACAAGCAAUUUGAUGAAGGCCGUAACGACUUGAAUAAGGAUAUUACUGCCGAGUCUAUUCAAUCGUUCAUCAAAGCCAACUCUGUUCCUCUCUUUGAUGGCAUCGACGCUUCCACCUUCCCCACUUAUGUUGAAUCUGGCUUACCUUUGGCUUUUGCAUUCUACGAAAACGACGAACAAAAGGCCCUUUUGGACUCUAUUGUUACUCCUUUGGCCAAGGACUACAAGGGUAAGGUCAAUUUUGUCUCUAUUGAUGCAACCAAGUUUGGCGGUCAUGCCAAGAUCCUUGGUUUGCAAGAAGGUCAAUAUCCUGCUUUUGCCAUUCAACACCUCACCUCUGGUGCCAAAUAUCCUCUUCGUGAUGUAAAGUCUCUCACUGCUGAUAAUUUGAAGGAAUUCUUAAAGGAAUACAACAGUGGUAAUAUGAAGGCCUACUUGCGUUCUGCUGUAGCUCCUGAACAAAACGACGGCCCUGUCAAGGUCGUUGUUGCUAAUGAAUUCAAGGAUAUUGUCUUGGAUGACAAGAAGGAUGUCUUUUUGGAAGUGUAUGCUCCUUGGUGUGGUCACUGCAAGCGUCUAGCUCCCACUUGGGAACAAUUAGGUCAAGCUGUCGCUGAACAAGAUAGCAAUAUUGUUAUCGCCAAGAUGGAUGGUACCGAAAACGAUAUUCCCGAAGAGGCUGGUUUCGAACUUGAAGGCUUCCCUACUUUGAAAUUCUUCAAGGCUGGUACAAACGAAGUUGUCGAUUAUGAUGGCGAUCGUUCUAUGGAAGAUCUUGUCGACUUUAUUAGUAAAAACAGUGCAAAGAACACAAAGAUCGUCAUCAAAGAGGAUGAGGGAGCUAAGGAGGGUGAUAAAGCGUCGAACGAUCAUGACGAAUUGUAA